CCGGAUACAAGCAGACCAACGGCAGAUCGCUUGCUCAGAUCCAGUGGCUCGCUACACGACGGAGUAGAGUUACACAUGGACAUUUAAUGUGAGCCAGACCAAGAUUCCUGAACGAUGAAGACUUGGAAACUUUGGGUGUUUGUUUUCGUUACCCUCGGGAGCGUCUCACUCGUUUCACCGCAGUUGAUGAAAUGUGAUGUCCCCGGAGACGUGAUCUUCGUGCUGGACGGCUCCGACAGCAUCCAGCCUGUUGAUUGGCUGAGGGAAUUGAAUUUCGUGGAGAUCCUGAUUGACAGCCUUGAUGUGGAACCGUUAGCAAUCCACGUCGGCAUCAUCGUAUACAGCACUUUCAUCGGUGACGUCGUCGGGCUGAACCCGUAUAAGAACAAAUGGACCCUGAAGCAGAUGGUACGGAACUUGACGCAGCCCCGGGACGGUACCAAUACCGCGAAGGGUAUUGAGCAGGCUAGAAAGAUGUUCCGCUAUGAGGGUCGACCCAACGUCCCUCACAUCGCUGUUGUCAUCACAGACGGUCGAUCCACGGUGCCGCGUGACACCAUCAGACAGGCUAUUGCAGCCAAGCGGGAUGAUGGCGUGACGAUGAUCGCUGUCGGUAUUGGGAACGAAAUCUUUUUCGAUGAGCUACAAGAAAUUGCUACCUCUGAAAGGAAACUGUUUAACGUAACAGAUUUCAGAUCCUUGCCAGGGUUGGUACAGAGUCUCCGGGACAGCAUCUGUUGGGUUAUCACAACCACUACUUCAACCACCACCACGACUACUACAACAACGACUACAACUACUAUGACACCGCUUCCACCAGAAGUGUUGAACUGCAAUAUGCCGGCCGAUGUCGUCAUUCUCCUGGACGGGUCUGACAGCAUUGAGCCCCCGGACUGGGCGAGAGAAACACAUUUCGUAGCCUCCUUGAUCAACAGUCUCGACAUCAGUCCCAACUUCAUCAACGUGGGCAUGAUAGUAUACAGUACGUUUGUCGGUGACGUCAUCGGCCUCACCCCGUACAAGAGUAAAAGCUACCUAAAUCAUCUAGCAGGCCGCUUGACCCACCCCCGGUUCGGCACCAACACAGCUCUGGGCAUCCAGGAGGUCAGGAAGAUGCUGGCCAACCAGGGACGCCGAAGCAAGGGCGUACCCCAGAUCGCUAUCGUCCUUACGGACGGGCAGAGCAAGGACCCCCGAGAGACCAUAGCUCAGGCCCAGCUGGCUCAGAAGGAGGGAGUCAUCAUGAUCGCUGUGGGUAUUGGGGCCCAGGUCUACAUGCAUGAGCUCGAGGGGAUCGCCAGCUCAAGGAGGAAGCUGUUCAGUGUUGAAGACUUCAGAGCUCUGGCAGGACUUGUCCAGACGCUCAAGGAACUCAUCUGUAAAGCUAUCACCACGACGACAUCUACGCCACGACCGGUGAUCACCACGCCCAUGCCGCCUAUCAUCAUGCCAGAGCUGUGUACUGGGUGCAUCAUCGACAACGGCAUCGGUUACAACCCCUACCCCGAGGACUGCAGCAAGUACGUCCAGUGCUUCCGCGAGGGGCCCCGAUUCCGCGCCAUGGUCCGGCCGUGUCCAUUCGGUCAGUACUGGGACACCAAGGCCAUCAGCUGUAGGCCCUCGGAGCUCGUCAGCUGCUACAGAGACCCCUGCAGCAAACGCCGGGAUAACACCGUCCACAACUAUAACGGAAAUGGCUGCCGCGCUUACUGGAUGUGCAAGGGAGGUAACUCCGUGCCUUCCUGUUGUCCCCAGGGAACCCGGUACUUGACCAAUGUUGGGUGUGUGCAGGACCCCACGUGCAGUGAGAAGUGCCCCCCGGACCCACCGUCCGGAUCUCCCAGCAGCUCCUGCGCUCUGAAGACCCACCCUGACCGGAGGAACUACAUCCAGACUAUCCCUGGCUUCGGCGACAUGGUGCGGCCGUGUGCCCCGGGCACCGUCUUCAGCCAGAACCUUUGCAACUGUAUCAUGGCUGCUCACUCAGGCAACACCACAUCGGGGGUGUGCAAGCCCUCCGUCCUCUACAAGUUUGACCGAGGCGUGAUUGACCACUCCGGCAACAAUGUCCAGGCAGGUGUCACGAACGUUAAACUGACUGGCAAGGGACAAGCCAUAUUUGACGGCAAGAGCAUCAUCAACAUAUGGAGGUUUGCCGGCAUCGAAUACGGUUCGAAGCUCGUUAUCAACAUGAAGUACCGUCUGGCCCAACCAGGAAUGCCACCAAGAACGGGCGGUAUUGCAGCACAGGGACAAAGCCACAGAACUCUUUGGUACCUGGUCAGUGAGGUCGGAGAUAUCCUGAGGUCAGGCAAGGGGAGCAUACCCGCUAAGAUCAUACACGACAUCCGAAAAGGAAUAUUAUCAGGUACACUGGCUAGACAGAUCAUCACCGGGGGAUCUGCGUCCACUAAGGCUGUAUGGCAGAUACUGUUACUCAACGGGCAAGUCGUUACAUCUGGGGACGGAUUAAUCACGCCUGAAAUAUUACGACGAAUCGGAAGUUUCAAUUCCAAUACUGGGCUGAGGAUUGUGUGGUUCGUCUAUGGGACCAAUGGCACAGUGUUGAGAUCUGGGAACGGAGAUGUCCCCAAGGCAAUAUUUCAGCUGUUGAUCCGGGGAGAACUUUCAGGGACCCUGGUGAAGCAGAUCGCCGAGAUUUCUGGGCUGAACGCAAACUGGCAGAUCCUAUCCCCAACAGGACAGAUUCUGAAGUCAGGCAAGGGUCAGAUAAGCAAGGACAUCAUCAUCCAAUUCACUGAUAAUGGUCAGAAGCAUUUGUGGUUUGUCUAUCGACAAGAUGGAUCGGUACUUCGAUCUGGAACUGGGGUCGUUCCACAAGAUGUCCUCAGGGCAAUUAAACAGGGGUCAAUGAAGGGGGUCAUUAUCAGGUACACACUGACAGGAACAAGCACUGCGCCUACCAGCAGUUCCACCUGGCAUCGUCUCUCAUCGGAUGGCAAGAUUCUGGAAUCUGGAUCAGGGGUCCUGACCAAGGACAAGAUUACGAAACUGUCCGGAACAAGAUCCUUUAUUUGGUACAUCUUGGAUCUCAACGGCUCGGUCAUGAAAUCUGGCUAUGAUGUGAUUCCUGAAAAUAUUUUAGCCGGUCUUCGAACGGGAUCUAUUAAAGGGACCCUGGCGAAGCAGAUGGUUACAAACUCUGGGGUUCUUGGUCAGUGGAAAUUGAUAGGCAAAGACGGACAGGUGGCGAACUCUGGGUAUGGACGAAUUCCUAUGAACCUGCUUCAGAUGGUGUCGGGACACGGGGGUUUCAGCAUGCAUGGGACAUCAUCGUCACAAGGUAGCAAUACUCUCACAGGAGCAACGGAUGGUACACAGCAGGGAGCGUGGAAUGUACGUAACAACGUUGGUACGCAGGGUGGCACACGGGGUGGUCAGAUGACAAGUUCCUGGUCAAGUAGUGGAACGAGGGGUGGUAUGCAGACAGAUACUCGGGGUGGCCAGAUGACGGGUGGUAUGACGGGUGGGUCGCAGGGUGCCACAAUGAGUGGAACAAUAUCAGGGUCGUGGACACGCGGUUCGCAGACCGAUAACCAGCAUGGUCAAAUGACAGGUGGCAUUACGGGUGGGCAGCAGGGCGGAAUGAUGGGCGGAACACUGACAGGGUGGGGGACUGGUGGCACUCGGGGUACAUCAGGUGGUAGGGACAGUGGGAUAUUGACUGGAGGGAGCAUUGUAGGUGGUACGGUUGCUACUGAAAGGCGUACACAGGGAGAAACCCGUCCUCAUGUUGACCACCAGACAAUAACAAGCGAUCAAAGGGGUACUCGCCCAGCCGUGGUUCAGCCAGACAUGGGUAGGGCGUGGACGACCACAACCAGCACACAGUGGACAGAGAGAACAACACCGUCUACUUGGCCGGGAGCUCAGGAUAUUAAUCCUGAUAUCUUUGGGAUGCAACCCGAUAUCACUGGUCAGUCUGGGUUCCCUGUUGGUGGAAUGCCAGUGCCAGGUUUGGGUGGAUCGAGAGUCAACAUACCCAAUAUCCAAGCUGUCAAUCGUGGGAUGUCAGUUCAAACAGGAUCCACCAUUACAGAUUUCAAUACUGGAACACAAGACUUCCAAGUGCCGUUUGACCAGGGCCCUCAGUAUGUUGGGACCAACUUUGAAAUGACAGGACAAACAUUUGGUGGGCCAUCUGGACCAACCGUUGACCAACCAGGUCCAGUAGACGGAUGGACAAUGACAGAAGGAUCGCUGGACCAAGGGCCCAUCUUCGGGGGUAUGGAAGGAACUCCCGUGGGAAGUGUACCUGUUGAUAUUGUUACGGGUACGAUGGCGGGAACAGGUGUGAUUACUGGAAGUGUUGGUGGCGAUAAUCAGUGGGCGGUACCAAAAACAGAACGCCCUACACCAAGACCAACUCCUGCCAGCACUAGGGCGCCAACAGUCCCUUCUAACAUCGGAAUGGGCAGUAGGCCGGUUGUUCCUAGUGGAGUUCCGACUGGAACAAGGCGCACUGUUACAGGGGAAAUACAGGACGCUCUAUUUGGAGGUGUAUUUGGUCAACCAACUGGUACAGUAUCCAAAACAGAUACUGUCAGCACCGGAACGGGAAUAAGUGGAUCGUGGUCCAUGUCAGGAACCAGUACAGGCCAGACAGCACCCGUGAAUGCUGGAACCGGCGCUAUACAAGAUUCCCUUUUUGGUGAUUUCACAGGACCAGAUUCUGAGGCUGGCUGGAUAAUGUCCGCAGGAGAAACUCCAGCUGCUACUGGGGGCACGGAAUGGUACACAAUGAAGUCAGAUGGCACCAUUCUUCAGUCAGGAACUGGUGCUGUGCCACAGACACCAGGAGUGUCCGCUACCAUAUGGACGGUGCGCAAAACCAUGGGAGCAGGGGGCGUGCCUUUCCAGUGGUCCGUCCACAAACCUGACGGAACGGUGUUCGAGACUGGCAGUGGUAAUGUUCCUAAUGACAUCGUAGCACGAAUAUCGAAAGUAUAUUCAGUCCGUGGAAGCAUGACUGUUCCAUCAUCUGCUCCUCGACCCUCGGCUAUGUGGUACAUUUUAGGAUCUGACGGAUCCAUCAUCAAAUCCGGGACUGGGCAGAUCCCUGUUGAUGUUAUUAGCGGGGUCACUGCAAGAACUAUUUCAGGCACAAUCAUCAGUCAUUCUGAUAUUGGAGGAACUACAAGAUGGAAGAUCAUCCGUUCAGGAGGAAAGGAAACAUCGGGAGUGGGUGAGAUGCCCCCGUCCGCCCUGGAGGACCUCUACAAUGAUAUAAUGACCAGGCAAGGUGUUACUGUAAUGAGGGGCACGGCCAACACUCGUAGGAGGUGGCAGAUUUCCAAACCAGAUGGCUCUGUCCAAACAGGUUAUGGAUCCAUCCCUCAAAGCAUGGUCCAAGGUACAAUGGAAUGGACUGUCACCCGCUCUGAUGGAUCAGAGCAGAAAGGAAGUGGACCUAUACCUCAAGAUAUCCUUAAUGGAAACCACAAUGUUAACAUAACAGGUACUAUUAGAAGACCAGUAGAUAGCAUGGGCGGAAGUAUGCAGAUAAUGGGUGGAGGUGCAGGUCUCGGGCUGGGUGGAUCAUUACCUGGAGGAAAGGUUGUAAUGACUCAGACAGGAAGUGCCGCUCCGAGUGGGGCAGAUGGAUGGGGCGUCAGCUCAAGAUGGACCCUGAAACUUCCGGAUGGAUCCAUUAAAACAGGUUCUGGAUCCAUCCCAGCUGACCUUAUUCAGAAAGUGAGUAUGGACUCUGGAAGUCAAGCACAUUGGUCGAUCAUAAAGUCUGACGGACAAGUUCAGUCAGGAACCGGGGCAAUACCAACUAAUAUCCUACAAGGACCUACUUCUGGACAGGUGAUCGCCUCCUCCUCCAAGUGGUCUCUUAUCGGCCCUGAUGGUACUGUGCAGACUGGCACGGGCGAGGUUCCACCCCAUCUAUUGCAGGCCGCGGCGGGGAACACUCAGUGGCAGAUGACCGGACCCGAUGGGAAGGUGUAUUCAGGCACGGGUGAGAUGCCAGAGUCUUUGAAACAGAUGAUGAUGAAUACAAUGACAGGAGGAGGUGCAGGAUCAGCGACAGGGUCAGCAGGAGCAGCAGCAGCAGCGGCGUUGGCGGCAGCAGCAGGUUUUGGAGGAGGCGGUGGAGGGGGUGGAGCAGGGACAAUGUCUGGAACAGUUUCAGGAACAUGGAAAUCAUCCUCUUCCCUAGGAUCCAAUACCGGAGCUCAGGGAGUGUCGGGAACUGUCUCGGGUGACUCAUGGACAUUUGGUACUGGUGAGACGUCACAUAGCGGGGCCUCAGCAACUGCUGUUGGACAAGGAACAGCCGGUGGACUUUCUGUCCCCGUCCAAGUAGACAAGACUUACAUCGGUCCACUCCAGUAUGACCUUGUACCUAUCAGGGGUCACGUUAUCAGCAGACGCAGCUUGCGGAGACGUAGACGACAGGCGCGCCCUAACCCACACCAGGCGCUGGUCACAAACUGCAAUGGCCGGGAUGGCGAGGGUCCUUCCAUCAUGAUUCUGGCCGGGAGGAAGAGAGUCGUGUUUUCUCUGAAGACGGAGAGGACAGCCCGAGCAGUCCUGUUGUCGCUUCCAGCGCGACCUGGCUACAAUAAUAUCCAGCUAACCUAUGACGGGUCUCACAUCAAGGGCGUGGUCAACGGCAAACAGAAGGUGCUCCCUCUGUCAGGUAAUAUCGAGAGGAGACAGGCUGGCAUUCUGCUGGGGUCUUGUCAAGGAUAUCCAAGUUUUUCCGGAGAGAUUGAGGAGUUUUCAAUGUACCAGUGCCUGCCAUAGGUCACGCUCCAUCAGCAUAUGAAAUCCGCAAAACUUCACAUUUGAGACAGUCUAACGAUGCUUACGGCUAUUUUAAAGGAGAGCCUUCAGGCUGGGAUCCUACAAUGAUGUGUUGCGGGAGGCUUGGCUUGCUGUAACCACUAAGUUGCAAUCAGAUAGGAAACUUGUCAUAAUGAAUCUUCAAAGCUUUUUUAUACAUGUAAAUAGAAGACAACACAAGAUUUUCAAAAUUGUUGUUUUGUGUGGCAAUAUUCAGUUGCCGUGUACUAUGAUAUAUUAGCUGUACAUGUUUGAUGCUUCUGAAUACAGCUGUCAUAGAUUUUAUAAUAAAUAUAUACAGUAUA